AACGCGUACGAGUAUUGGACGGAACAGCGCUCUAACCUGAACUCGGAAGUGGUUUUGGCCACUCAGCAGGUGUUCGGCAAAGUGCAACCCAUCGCUCAAAUGGGCUCUCAGACCAUCGGCACACUCUUCCUGCAGCUGACGGUCGACGACUUGGGCGCCUGUCUUCCCAUCACAAACCCCACCAUUUCGGCACUCAAUCAGAGCAAAGGUUUCGAGUCGGAGCUGAAGGACGCACUGGUGGUCACUUUGGAAAACACUCAGAUCAGCGCCUGUUCUUGCGGUUCACUCGUUAGUAAAGCCCAGUUCACGGGUCUCUGCAUUCGGUUCGCCGACGACUUCGAGACAUCGCUGGACGACUGGAAGCCCGACAGCACUGACCCGACCAUCAGAAACCUAUGCGUGGUAUCGGAGGGCACGUACGAGAUCUGUUCGCGAACCAUAACCUCACACCAGAGCCCGAGUGACGCCAAGUGGCUGUUGAAUGUCUCGUGGAAAAUGGAGGGCUUCGACAUCCACUUCGACACAUCCAUUGGCAAACACUUCUCCGCACUCUUCAAGACAAUGACUGCGAUCGCCGGCGACGAAGACGAGGACGAAGCGGACAUUUCGACCACCGAUUACGGCAACGCGACGGUCGACGAGCGGCCCGAAGAGGAACACGUGAACGACGCGCAGGACGUGGAGAGUGAGGCCAACGAUCGAGUGGUGCGAAGAGAUUCACUGUUGCGGGACGUGUCGGCCGACAACAAGAAGAAGUCGCGUAUCAUCGAGAAGGAGCUCAACGAACAGGUGAAGAUCAUCAGCGAUUUGCGCGAAUUGGGCGCCAGUCAUACCACUAUCGAACAGGAGGUCCAACGCCUCCACGAACUCGAAGCCGCCAUUUUCCAGAACUUCCGCCGCGAUGUCAUCAAAAAGCUUCGGCGACCUUCUGUUAGGCAGUCGUCCUUUAAGGACAAGCUAUCGGUCGGCGGAAAAAUGUUUAGCAAAUCACUUCAUUCCUAUACCGAAGGCAACGAGUUUACCGAGAAUUCGGGCGAAGAAUCACCGCUCGAUCAGUUCAAACCGGGAUCUUUUGAUACGGCGAUCGAAACGAUUCCCAGACUUAAGACUUCAGCCAGUAUUCCGAUCCCGAGAUCCGACAAACAAGUGGUUCUGGACUCACCGAUCAGUCAAACCGCUGCCUCAAUGACCAGCUCUUCGGUGAGCGAAUCACAGAGCAGUUGCGAGAGCGCACUGUCGCCCACAUUCAGUUUGGAACAGUCUUCCAGUUCCACGUCUGACUUCAAGAUACCAAAGAUUACCAAAACUACUACAGAUCCGCGUAAACAAAGCAGUCUAUCGUCCGAAUACGACGAAAGCAUCGGUUCAUCGAUCGGCGACCGGUCCAGCGGUUUGGCCGCCAAACAGACCUAUCAAACGGAACCCAACAUUGAUUUUGAGUUGGAUGUGAAGAUUUUCUUCAAUUCCGGAAAAUGUGUUUUGCAUACAAAAGAUCAGUCCAUUAGAGAUGAGGACAAUUCGGUCAAAAAGCCGAUGCAAAAGGAGCGCAGCUUUUCUGGCGGUCCAUACGAUUCACUGCUGUCUCCGAAUCACAUAAACAAAUGCCGUUCCGGUAAUCGACUGACGAAAACCACAUCUAAUAACACAUUGAAGCCCAACCUGUCGUCCUCUCGACUCAAACAUCCGACACAUUUAAGUGGACAAAUCGCUGACUUCACGGUAUUCCUGAUCCCCGGACUCGACAUUAAACUUCAUUAUAACUCUAAGACAUCGCUCGAAGAGAGCGCUCCGUUGGCUGAAAGGCAGCCGACGGCGAGACAACAGUCCGACAGCGGAGACACUACUGUGCCGCCGAAGACUCCGACCUCCGCGUCGGCGCCCAAUGUGUUCAGCGGUGGGGACGAGAGUGAGGAGCCGCCUGUGCCCGCACAGUACGCCACUUACGCUUCGUUUCCCGUUGACGUUAUCGUCUACUUUCACGUCCAGCCAACUGUUGUCCGCUUUUGUUGCCUUCCGGUCUCACGCGUUGAAUGUUUGCUUCACUUGCCGUCAAUUGAUUUGGUCUUUUCGUCGAAACGCUCGUCAAACGAAGAGUUACCGUCGGGUCAGUGCUCUCCACCCAAGUAUUCCCGUUAUGGACACAAGACGUCAACUGAAUCCAAUCCAACCGCGUCGACGACUAAUACAUCAAUGGGUGGUCUGAGUGUCACCGGAUGUUUGGCCGACUUCUCGCUCUAUAUCUUCCAUCCAUACGGCGGACAGAAGAAGACGGCGGCCAAAGAGAUGGCCGGCGAGUCGAUGGCCUAUUCGGACCGCAAGGACUCGCUCAGUCUUCAGGUAGAGUUUGUCAAAAUCAAUAUCUCUCGCUCUCGAAAGCUGUCGAUCGGCGACUCAAUCGCCCAGAGUUUCCGUUUCUCUGCCACCUGUGAUAUCGGAAGCGCUUCAUUCAAGUACGACAUGCGGCGACUCAACGAGAUUCUGGCCUUUCCUAAGGCCUGGUAUCGCAAAUCCAUUUGGAAGCGUAUGUUUAUCGGCGAUCACACCAUAAACGCCUUCUUCAGCGAUCAGGAAGAAGAGGACGACUCACUCACUGACAGCAAAGACCUGUCGGACAGCAGUUCCGAAGAGUCGAACCAAACGGCGACCACUGUUCGCACGUUUCACAAGACAGACGCGUCUAACGCCAGUCGCGAUCGAUUGCGGCUCAAUUUGGACGAACCGGCGUCGAGUCGACGGCAAGUGUAUCGACACACGAGUCGCAGCGAUUCCCGACCACUACUCGCGGCCAACAAUCCGUGGGAAACACUCGUAUUGUUUUCGGUAAACCUCUCCAAACUGAACAUAACUAUGAAUAUGGGAAACGUUAUGGGAAACACAAGUUGGCUGACCCGUGGCCUACGCUCUGACGGCCGCAUAUCCAUCGACUCAAGCGGUCGCAAGAGCUAUAAGAUUGGUCUCGCGCUCGACGGCUCAACACUGGACGCAAAGGGCGGUAUUGUUGGCGGGAUUAUAGAGUUGAGUCAAAUCAAUACCGAGAUGUCGGUGAAAGAGGUGAAGGGCAACGAACCCCAGCAUCAGUUCAUCUGUUCUCUGCACACUCUGGAGAAGCGAAUUGAUUACAUGGGAACCAGUAUUUUGAUGCUCAGGGUAUCGGAUCUGGACAUUACUUUACGCGACGAAUGGCGCAUAGAUUUGAGUAAAAAUUAUCAGUCAUCGCAUCCGACUAAACGGCCGGCACUUAUCUUCAUUCACGGAGUACUCAAUUGGGAUCAAAUGCAGAUCUUAAUGUCCAAAUCCACGACACCUGACAUCAUGAAGAUUAUCGCCAAACUGGAGGAGUUCUUCACACAACAGUUCCAUUCGAGUAAACGUGUCUUUUCGUCGCUCCAGACAUAUAACCGGCAGUCGUUUAAAGGCAAGAGUCAGGCGUCGAAACGAACGCAAAGUGUGAGCAGUGGUUCACCGCAACUGACUGUCAGCGGUUCUCAACAGACGCAACAGUCGGCCGAAAACGUGUCCAUCACUACCGAAGCGCGUCAUCACAGGCACUGGCAGAGAGCCCUACGGCUUGUGUCGGGCGUCCACUUGUCAACCCUCCCGAACCCAUUGCCAAUUCACGGCACAAUACUCGGCGGCACUCUUGAACUCCGGGCGCAGAACAUAUCGCUCGCCUGUUUCUAUGGCAUCAACUUUCGGUCCAAGAGUUGGGGCGCAUUCAGUCUCAAACACACGUCCAUUUCGUUUGCCACCGAAGCCCAAAACAUUGUCAACGAUUCCGGCGCUUUGGACACACAUGUGGUGCAGAACCUGUCCUUCCUAUUGGGCCGCAACUCAAGCGAACAACAGUCGCGCAAAACAAUGGCCACCGUAUGCAAGAUCUCGAGGAAUGUGAUGUUUCCGCCGCAGUUUCGUCACAUGCAUGAGUGGUUUCACUACGCGUUCAGCGCCUCCGAGAUCGACGACGUGGACCGCUUCCCGGCGGUGAUGGAACUCGACAUCUUCGGCACUCCCAUCCCGUCCACCAAC